AUGUCUGAUUCGAGCUGCCUCGGUAGUAUAGACGGCCCGGUUUCUGCCUAUUUGACCGAAAAUGCCUCAAUGAUAUAUCUGGAUCCAGUAACAUAUGCUAAUAAAUGUAUAGGCUCAGUUUAUACUAGAACAAUCGUGCCAAGUGUCAAUGAUAAAUUAAGUUUUGACAUUAAUGCAGUUUCUAAUUCUCAAAAUAAAUUGGAACUUUAUUCAUCCAAAGGUGGCUACUAUUUUAUUUACUACACGGAGUUAUAUAGGUCAUGGCAAGUAGAUACAAUUCAAAUUGAUCAAUCAAUAUCUCUUUUUUCAAGAAGUCCAGUUGAUCUGAUAUUGACACAUUUGGUUAACCCACUUGUAUGUUCACUGCAGUUGUUAGUGAAUUUGUAUGGGUUUGUUAAUGUCAAAUUUGUAGGAUUAUUCAAUGAACCCGAUUCAUACCUGUCCGGUCCUAACAUAACAUUAUUCAAUGGCCAUAGCGGCUUCUUUUCUGUAGUUGACAAAUUAGCAUCUGAACUAAAUUUUUGCGAUUGUAUAUGCAAUGAAAUUGACGCGAAGAUACUGGUAGAGGAAUGGCACAAUGUAUACUUAUAUCUAUUGGGGUAUGAACCAUGUUAUAAAUAUUACACGAGUGUACUACUAUCGCAAACUUAUACUAACUUUUUAUUGGCCGCAUUGAAAAUGUUUGAAGUUAAACAAAAUUUCGAAAAAAGAAAAUCUGAGAUCGAAUUGGAAACUACAUUGUGCAAAUUAAAUGCAUUGCUACAAAAAUUCACUUUGGUUGCCAGCAAAAACUUGGAUGAUCAAUGUUUAAAUUUACCACACAUUAUUUCAUACUGUUAUGUAUACGGAUUGUUGUCGAUUCCGUGUGGCCUUACGCCCUGGGAUGGUAUGUCCCUAACUCGAGGUGGCCAUGUGACGAAGCUAACUGAUUGGCUAUCUCCAAUGAGAGAAGAAUCGCACGCAUCCAUCGGUUCCAAUUUGACAUUUGCCCAGGCUGCAGCUGACGCUGCUUGCAUUGAUUCUGCACGUAGGAGACCGACUCUUAUGUUUGAACUACUAAGUAACUUGAGUGGCGAGGGCAAUUGGCUUAUGUGGCGUGAGAUAUACCAGGGAGAUGCGGUAGAUACUUAUAAGCUAAACUUGGCCUGGUAUACCAGGCCCAGUUGUUGUACUAGUUCUCAAUUUGAACAUAGCAAGGUAUGGGUGAUUGGUUUGCUCAGCUAUAAGUAUAGAUGUAGUAUAAUCACCAAACAUUGGCUCGUGUGGACUAUGCAGAAUUAUGAUGCGUGGAGAGAGAAUACACUUUGGAGUGCAAAUUCUAGCCAUAAAUUGGAUGAAAAUGGCAAUUGUUUAGUUUGCCUGAAGAGAGUUGUAAAUUUGAGGAUCAGGGAUGCUACAUACAAUCUACAGAGACUAGAACGGGCGUUAAGUAAGGGCCAUCGAAGAUGGGGGGGUCUGGGUAAAACAAUAUCUCUAUUGGCUGCAAAUGAUUACAAUUAUAAUGCCAUCUAG